CCAGUCUCUGAGUUUGGGAUCACGAACGUCAUGACGACAUCGACGUGCGACGCCAGAGCGCAGAGAGAGGUUUUACACGAAGAGACGAAGAACGAUGACAACAAGUUUAACAGAAGCUUUAAAAAGACACUUUGGGUUUGAGAAAUUUCGCUCGAAGACACAGGAAGAUGUCGUCAAUGCGGUCAUCAGAGGUGACAAGGAUGUGUUCGUGUGCAUGCCGACUGGAGCAGGAAAGUCGAUCUGCUACCAGCUGCCUGCUGUGCUGGCUGAAGGAAUUACUCUGGUUAUAUCUCCUCUAAUCGCUCUCAUUCAGGACCAAGUAGACCGCCUGAAGAGUCUGAACAUCCCCGCCUGCUCCAUCAACUCCAAGCUUCCUGUGGGCGAGCGACGCCUCAUCCUGGCUGAUUUAGGGAGCAGCAGCCCCAAGCUGAAGCUGCUCUACAUCACUCCAGAAAUGGUGGCCUCUCCCUCCUUCCAGCCCUGUCUCACAGACCUGUGUUCCCGUGGCCUCCUGUCUUACCUGGCCGUGGACGAGGCUCACUGUGUCUCCCAGUGGGGACACGAUUUCAGGCCUGACUACCUCAAACUGGGCGAGCUGCGUGCCCGCUUGGCGGGGGUUCCCUGUUUGGCCCUGACUGCCACGGCGCCGAAGAAUGUACUGGAGGACAUUAUUAAAUCCCUGAGGCUGCGAUCACCGCUGUCUUUCGUCACACCUGUCUUCCGGAGUAACUUGAACUAUGAUGUGAUCUUCAGGGAGAUGCUGCCAAACCCCUACGCUCACCUUCACGCCUUUAUUACGAAGGCACUGGAUGACAGCACUAAUGGACAGGGUUGUGGGAUUGUGUACUGUCGGACCAGAGACGGCUGUGAAACCGUGGCGCACCAGCUGACCAAGCUCGGAGUGUUGUCCAAGCCUUAUCAUGCAGGUCUGAAGACGGCAGAUCGAACAGAAGCUCAGAAUGAGUGGAUGCAGGGGAAAGUGCCGGUUAUUGUAGCCACCAUCAGCUUUGGUAUGGGAGUAGACAAGGCCAAUGUCAGGUUUGUCGCUCAUUGGAACCUGGCAAAGUCCCUGGCCAGUUAUUACCAAGAGUCCGGGCGAGCUGGACGAGACGGGCUGCCCUCCUCCUGUCGCACCUACUACUCACCGAAAGAUAAGGAGCAGCUCAACUUUCUCAUUCGCAAGGAAGUCGUACGCAAACAGGCGAAACGGGGCACGGAAAAGGAGAGUGACAAAACAGCCAUUACAGACUUUGAGGCCAUGGUGUCGUUCUGCAUGCAGGAAGCGUUCAGACUGAGCAGCCUGCUGAAACGUCCAAUACCACGGCAAAAAGUGGGAAUAGGUCCAGAGAUGUCAAACAUUUUGUUUACUGAUUUCAGAAAAGUUCGUUGGAUGUCUUCUUUGAGGUUAGUUAUAUUUUGGUUGGCUUUCUGCAGUUGUACACAGUCUUUACAAAGCAUAGUUAUACUUGUAUGAUUUAGACAGAGGCUGAAAUGCAAGCUGCACUGCUGAGUGAAAGCGUGGGAACGCGGAAGCAGAGGGGUAAAAACAAAUGAUCCCAGAGUCUGAUGGCUUAGACUGUUGGUUCAUAGAUACAUUACAAUAAGUGUAAUGUAAAAAGCUGAUGAUCGAAACAUGAUAAAAACAAGAUAAAAUACCGAACACUGUCUAAGCCUCUGACUGACGUACAAAAACGCCGGCGCAUGUGCGAUAAUCAAAAGCUGAUGAUCAAAACAUGAUAAAAACAAGAUAAAAUACCGAACACUGUCUAAGCCUCUGACUGAUGUACAAAGACGCCGGUGUGAUGAUCAAAAGUCAUAGACCAAUUGCAUUGACAUCUUGUGUAGGGAAGAACUAUGGAAACAGUGAUAGUCCUACAUGAAUGAUUAAAACUGAACUUACUGGACCAUCGAGCUACGAACAAAGACUCAGGUAUGUAGACCUACGUGGGUGCGACUCCAUCUCGUGAGAAAAAGAGAAAGAGAAAAAUAAUCCAAACACAGGGGCGUUAGGUGAAGUUUUUUUCUACAGAGCUUUUCUAUAAAAAGUGUGAUCUCUAGUCUCUAUUUUCAUUUUAGCCAAGCAGAUAAUGUGAAGAGAGCCCAGUAAAGUUACAGAAGACAGCAGCAUAAAGAGAGGCAACAGGA